CCGCCAUUUUCAGUGCAUGCGUCAGACAGCAGAUAGUUGUUGUUGUUCGUCCACAUUGAAGCUUUCCUCAAGUGUAUUUCCUCAAAAUGAAGGUAACAAAGCUGAUGUGUGGGCUUGCCGGUGGAUCCGCAGUACUUGUGGCACUGGCUGAAUCGAAAGGAUAUUAUUUUGAAAGAACGAAAAAUGACGCAAAUUUAAGAAAAUGGAAUGGACUAAGUGUUCUCCAAGCGGCAGUGCCUCAGACUUGGUCUCCAAGCCGAGACCACACCGUGACUGGCUGGGACAGUAACUGGGAUAAGCGUGAUCCUCUGACACUGACUAAUGGGAAGAAAAAGAUUAAGGAAAAAGAGAUCUCAAUUGAAGAACUGAACACAGAGGUGGAGAACAACAAACCUAAAGCCACUCGUCACAUCUUCUUGAUCCGCCACUCUCAGUACAAUCUGAAUGGUACUAUGGACAAGGAGAGGAUCCUAACCCCGCUAGGUCGGGAGCAAGCUGAAUACACUGGUCAGCGACUAGCUGCGCUGGGGUUGAAGUAUGAUGUCAUGGUUCACUCCACCAUGACCCGUGCCACAGAGACCGCCAACAUCAUCAGCAAGCAUCUCCCAGAUGUGGAAAAAGUUAGCUGUGACCUGCUUCGAGAAGGUUCUCCCAUUGAGCCUGUUCCCUCGAUCUCCUGGAAACCCGACUGUGUGUAUCAUGAGGAUGGCGCUCGGAUCGAGGCAGCUUUCAGGCGUUACAUCCACCGGGCAGAUGCCAAGCAGACAGAAGAUAGCUACGAGAUCAUUGUGUGCCACGCAAACGUUAUCCGCUACUUUGUGUGCAGGGCUCUGCAGUUUCCCCCAGAAGGUUGGCUGCGGCUGGGCCUGAAUAACGGCAGCAUCACCUGGCUCACCAUAAGGCCCAGCGGCAGGGUGGGACUCAGGAUGAUGGGGGACUCAGGCUUUAUGCCUCCAGACAAACUCACCCGUACCUGACUCUCUUUUCUGAUACUCCACCACUACUGACUGACCCCAUUUAACCAGACAUCCUGAAGUUUUGCUGCCACAUUGAAGCCAUCAUUUACCUUUUACAUGAUGGUUUUGCCCAUGUUGGGAAUCAUUAUUUUAUUUUAUAUUCACAAAAAGAAAACAUUUGGAAUAAUGUAUCUUAGAAAGUGCCAUUUCUUAGUAAAUUAUUUAUUUGAUAAUGCUUUAUUACAUUUUAUGAAUAAACAGAAGAAAUGUUCUCUAAAUACA